AUGGGCAAUAGUGCCUCCUCCGGCCGCGGUCACCACGAGGAGACCGUCGAUUUCGGGUAUCUUACCCCGCAGGGCAUCUAUACGGGCCCGCGCGACUGGAAUCAGGCUAUCGUCACGCAACUCAUCGUUGAGCGCAGGCUCGCACCCUUCUACCGUCCGUUGGAAGACUAUGAAGAGUCUUGGGAUGAUGAACAGAUACUAGCUGCGCGCAAGGAGCCUCCCGAAGUGGACGGCGGCGAGCCCUCACGCGCCGAGUCAGCUAGCUCCAGCCUCACCAGGGGACACGCCAAGCGACCCAGCGCUGUGAAGGAGCCUGGCCGCAAUCCCGAGGCAGCGAUUUACCGCGGAGCUAUAGAGUGCCCGAUCUGUUUCUUGUAUUAUCCGCCGAAUAUCAAUCGUUCGCGAUGUUGCGACCAAGCCAUUUGCACGGAAUGUUUCGUGCAAAUCAAGAGAGCGGAUCCUACUACCACGCAUCUAGUUUCGGAGCCGGCUGCUUGUCCGUACUGCGUCCAAGAGAACUUUGGGGUCGUCUACACUCCACCGCCAUGGCGUGCUGGACUUGGCAGCGAGGGGGCGACGCCGCCGUCAUGGCCUGACUCUCCGAAGGCAACGUCCGAUGCCGGUACCAACCCUUCGAAUGCAAUGAAACGUCGGAGGAAGAGUUUCGGCCACAACGACCCAGAAGUCGUUAGUGUCGACCACAUACACCCUGAUUGGGAGGCGAAAUUGGCCGCAGUCCGCGCUGCCGUCCAACGGCGCGCAAACAGGCGCAUCAUCAUGCGUCAGGUCGGCGACCGACUCAUCCCCGUCGGCGUCACUAGUGGUCGCGUGCAUGCGCUUCCCACGGAGGAGGGUGGAUCUGAGGCGCCCGAGGGUAACGGGGAUCGGGGAAGUCGUAGGGCGAGACGCAGGCAGCAGAACCAAGAGCUCAGCCAGUUCCUCGGUAACAUGGGCCUCGGGGGCCAGGAUUUGGAGGAGCUCAUGGUUAUGGAGGCGAUGCGCUUAUCAUUGCUGGAGCACGAGGAGCAACAACGUCGUCAACAAGAAGAAGAGGCGAAGAAGCAGAGAGAGCAAGCCGCUGCGGCGGCGGCGGAAGGGAAUGGUGCAAGGUCUUCCGAUAGCCCUGCCGCCUCAUCGGAGUCCGGUCCCACAACUGAACCUGCGCCGAGUGAAUCAUCCGAGUCCACUGCCCAGCCCGCUCACGACGCAGCCUCUACUCCACCCUCUCGAACGUCGCUCUCUAGCCAUGUCCCUCAUUCGUCAAGUCCUAGUCUCCUUUCGCCCAUACCAAGCGGUCCAAGUGCAGAUCACUCUCCUGGGCGCCGAAGCGGUAGAUCUUCACCUUCAUCGCACUCGGAUGUUGAAGCGGCUGUUCAAACCACUGCGCCUACUGCCUCUGCCGUUACGAGUCGUAGUUCCGAGCGAGAGGCGUCUGAUCAACUAGCAGAGACUACCCUGACGUCUGCUGCUACCACGGAGGGCGACUCCGGACCCCCAACGCUUCCCCCACUAUUGACGGGUAGCAUCCCGACAAUGGCAGAAUCGUUCGAACCUCAGGCGACUGAUCAAACAUCGACUCGGCCCUCCUUGGCAGACCCUCCGUCAUUCGCAUCAUCGGCUUCCUCUUCCUCUUAUAACGUCCUGCCGUCGUCGCCCGAGUCCUCAGUCUCGAGCAAACCGUUGCUGGAUGUCGUUAUUCCCUCAACUUCUGCGGUGGAGGAGGAUCCAAGCACUCCAGCUGCAGCCUGA